UUCAAACCAGUUGCUUUGGUUUCAGUUGAGUCGUUUACGGUGGAGAGUGGGCACGCAUCUAAUCCGAUUAACGAUGCGGAUAAUCUUUGUUUACACAUUUUUCAUGGCGGUGCUCAGUAUAAGUGGACAAUGGGUUUUUCCGGACAAACUGCACACAGAGCUGAGUAAUUCCUUCAACAAAAAUUGCGGCGAAAUGCCGUACAGUGUCCGGAACCGCCCUACAUUCGCUCGGAUGUUUGAGAAUCCUUGGCUAGUGCUAUUGCGUCAUCCAGAGGAAUCGUUGCACUUUUGCCACGGUACAUUGAUCAAUAACCAAUAUAUACUUACGACGGCCGUAUGUGGCAGCGCAGUGGUGACUAAUGAGAAUGCUACAACUCGCCAUCGACCGACAGAAAUCGUGCUAGGCGAGCACGACCUUAGCACCGAACCGGAUUGCGUAACUCCGUGGAAUUGUUCACUGCCUGUUAGGAAGCGUUCCGUUAACAGAGUGGUCAUUCAUCCACAUUUCAGUAAUGUCACUAACGAGAACGAUAUUGCUCUUUUAUUCAUGAACGAUACCGUACAGUUCGACAGCACUCUAAGGCCUAUUUGUCUGCCAGUGAUACCGAUCCUGGAAGAGAGCGACCACUAUCAGCAGACCAUUUAUAAUACCAUUUGGUCUAAAGACAGUAUACAAAGGCAAAUGUGGAUGCGAUACGUUCCUGCUACCGAGUGCCGAGAGGUGAUAAAAAGUCAGCACACACUCCAGGAUGAUCAGAUAUGUGCUAGAAUUUACGAUAAAUAUGCUGUCGAUUUGAAUGGCAGUGCGGGCUCUGCAUUGCAAGUUGACCAUGACGGUCACAUUUUUCAGUUUGGCAUUUUAUCCGUUGGCACUGAUGCUAUCCAUAAGAUGCCUCAAGUCUAUAUAAACAUAUCCAAACACAUCAAUUGGAUAAAUAAUUCCAUCUAAGAACUACUGAACUUUGAUCGUAACGGUUAAAGCGGAUAAAAAGGCGAAAAGUAUGAUUUCUAUAAAUUUUGGAAACAAAAUGGCUAUCUGAAAAUUUACUAAACCUUUGCAAUAUUCGUAUCUGUUGAGGUUUUUUAUAUGCAUUACAAUAAACUACACGCUAUCCAAUGA